AACGCGUUCGGGCCGGGUUGGAGCGCCGGGUCCGGGUCGCAGGGGAUUAGUCGGGCCCCGUAAGAAUUGACCUGGACAUCCCUGUGUCGAAAAAAAAAAAAAAAAAGAUACUCACUAGACUCUUACCCACGAAACCCAAAAGCAGACCGACCGUAUAUACCAGUUGCAUUAUUCAGCUUUCGCUCCUGAACACCCCGACGCUCUCUUUCUCGAGCUCUUUCAUCAAUGGUUCGCAAACGAUUUCAGGACACGAGAACAGGUCUGUUUUACGCCGAGAACUUUUUGAAGAAAGUUGGGCUAGGAAAAGAAGACUAUCACUUCUGGAAGCAAAUAGGCAAGGCAUUGUUGUGCACCUACACGCUUUUUGGCGUAGCUUGGCUGUGGAACGAGACGUCACCGCUUGGCUGGUGGACUUUAAAGCCCCAGCCUAAGGAGGAACAGGAGCUAGCCCAUCUCUACGAGCGCCCAAAUUUUCCAUAUCCAGGUGACAAGGAGGCAAUGGAGGAGUUCAUUGCUAAGGGUGGGAUGAUUGGAACUACAAUUGGGCCGAAAGGCAUCAUCGAAACAGAUAAAGAUUCGAUCAAUUUUCAAAAGAAUUUGCAGGACAAGAAGUUUGAGCAGGAGGCUUUUAAGCUGUGGAUGAGGAUGAAGAAUGAAGUCGUAUCUGAGCUUCAGCAAAAAGGCUUUGAUGUUGAGUAAUUAUUGCCUGUGGCAUUGCUCAUUUUACAUAUUUGAAAAGUCCUAUGUUUUCAGCCAAUGCUCCUCAAGAAAACGCUGCUUGAAGCCUUGAAUUUGAAUUACAAUUGUGUUCAUUGAAGCUUUAUUUGCUCGAUUUGAGUAUUUCGUGCUUGUGAUAAGAUUGUCCCAGACUACUGCAUUCGACUGAAUAUGAAUUAUGCAUAGCAUCUUUGCGUACAUAUAUGGCCGUGCACAAGAAUUAUUUGGGCACCAAAGAGCAUUACGAGUUUCCCUAAUGCUUCAUUU